AUGGUUGAAGCAGAGUCCUCUACAAGCGCCUCUCGCAAUGCCGCUAAGGCCAGCAUGGCUGGAGCUCCGGCAAACUAUGAGCUACCCUGGGUCGAGAAAUACCGCCCAAUCUUCCUCGAUGACAUUGUUGGCAACACAGAGACUGUCGAACGCUUAAAGAUCAUUGCUAAAGAUGGCAACAUGCCCCACGUUAUCAUCUCUGGUAUGCCCGGUAUUGGAAAGACAACUUCCGUGCUGUGUCUGGCACGCCAGAUGUUGGGGGAUUCAUACAAGGAGGCAGUGCUGGAGCUGAACGCCAGUGAUGAGAGAGGCAUCGACGUGGUGCGAAAUCGUAUCAAGGCCUUCGCCCAAAAGAAGGUUACCUUGCCCCAAGGCCGUCACAAGCUGGUGAUUCUCGAUGAAGCCGACAGUAUGACUGGCGGUGCCCAACAAGCUCUGCGACGUACGAUGGAAAUCUACUCGUCUACCACUCGAUUCGCUUUCGCCUGUAACCAGUCCAACAAGAUUAUUGAACCUUUGCAAUCUCGCUGUGCUAUCCUUCGAUAUGCCCGGCUAACAGAUGCACAGGUCGUGAAGCGACUGAUGCAGAUCUGUGAGGCGGAGAAGGUCCAACACUCCGAGGACGGCAUUGCUGCUCUGGUCUUCAGUGCUGAGGGUGAUAUGCGUCAGGCGAUCAACAACUUGCAGAGUACAUUCUCUGGCUUUGGGUUUGUCAGUGGUGAUAAUGUAUUCCGAGUCGUCGAUAGCCCGCACCCGGUCAAGGUCCAGGCCAUGAUCAAGGCUUGCUGGGAGGGCAAGGUAGAUUCCGCACUAGAGGGAUUGAAUGAGCUAUGGACCCUGGGAUACUCUUCUCACGAUAUCAUCAGCACUAUGUUCCGAGUGACUAAAACCAUUCCCACCUUGUCCGAGCACUCCAAGCUCGAGUUCAUCCGAGAGAUUGGGUUCACACACAUGCGUAUUCUGGACGGAGUGCAGUCACUCCUCCAGCUUAGCGGCUGUGUAGCGAAGCUCUGUCGAAUCAAUAUGAAGCCAGAGCUCUUCGAGCCCAAGGCUUGA